AUGGCAGCGCUACGAGCCUCGGGCAGCGGGAGAACACUCCUGAGCACUGUGAAGACGAUCAAGACACCCACGGCAAACAUGUCCUUUUCAGCUCUCCCGCGGGGCAGGAAGGUGGCUUUGACCACUGUUGGGGUGCUCACAGCAGGAGGAGCAGGGCUGGCUCUGGCUCUGCAUCAGUCAGUCAAAGCCUCAGACCUAGAGCUGCACCCGCCACAGUACCCAUGGAGCCAUGCCGGACCCCUUUCAGCCCUCGACCACGCCAGCGUGCGGCGGGGGUACCAGGUGUACAAACAGGUGUGCUCGGCCUGUCACAGUAUGGAGUACCUGGCCUUCAGAAACCUGGUGGGCGUGUCACACACAGAGGCGGAGGUCAAGGCCUUUGCUGAAGAGGCGGAGGUCGUGGACGGGCCCGACGAGUCUGGGGAGAUGUUCACCCGCCCAGGGAAACUUUCCGAUUAUUUCCCCAAGCCGUACCCCAACGCAGAGUCUGCUCGAGUGGCCAAUAACGGUGCGCUGCCCCCCGACCUCAGCUACAUCGUCAAUGCCAGGCAUGGAGGAGAGGACUACGUGUUCAGCUUGUUGACAGGCUACUGCGAGCCCCCAGCAGGGGUCUCUGUGAGGGAAGGGCUUUACUAUAACCCCUACUUCCCGGGACAGGCUAUCGGCAUGGCCCCACCCAUCUACAACGAGAUCCUGGAGUAUGACGACGGGACCCCAGCCACCAUGAGUCAGGUGGCCAAAGACGUGUGUACGUUUCUGAGGUGGGCCGCUGAGCCGGAGCAUGACCAGCGCAAACGUAUGGGGCUGAAGCUGCUGAUGGGCGGAGUCAUCCUCGUCCCUCUACUUUACUACAUGAAGCGCCACAGAUGGUCCGUCCUCAAGAGCAGGAAGAUCGCCUACAGACCUCCAAAAUAA